CAAACGAGACUUACCUGUAAGCGAAGUUUGAUUGAAAUUCUAUGACCCAUCGACACGGAGUGAAGGAGGUGUACGCCCAGCCCGCCUUUUUUCUUUGCAUACCCGCCCAAGUUCAUUCGAACAUUUUUUCAUUUUGUCAUUGAUCCAUGGCUGCUCUAAAGACUGGUUUGCAUGAACUACCGAGCUCUCUCUCGUACACCUCCUUCACUCCGUGUCGAUGAAUCAUAGAAUUUCAAUCAUUUCAAUCAAAACUCGUUUGAAUGGUAAAUUAAAUGCCUAGUGUAUUCCAGCCUUAAGACAUUGAAGCGUCCAUUUUGUUGCGUCAAUUAAAGACAUUGAAGCUGUCAUUAAAGUUGCCAUUAAAGCGGCCAUUCUGUUCCUAUGGUUUCAACCCUAUUUCUAUACAAAGUUAACCUGAUUUUAACGUGGUUGAAUAACUAUUUCUAUACAAAGCUUGACCUGAUUUUAUCGUGCGUGGCAGGCAUUCCUUCAUCUGGAUUGAGGCGGAUUCACGUUUUUCUGCCUUACCUGAUUUUAUUAGAAAUUGGAGAGUUCAAAAUCGGUUCUAAAUCCAAUCUGAGAUCAGAUGCUAACAUGCAGUUGUUACACGUCGCAUUGCUAACAGCAACCAUUUUCAUUGCACUUGUGACCAUUUUACUAAAUUCAAUGAAAAUGCACAUGAAAAGUCAACCGAGCUUUAAAAGAACCUUUCCAUUAAGAAACCCUUGGGAUGGCGUUCCUGAGUUUGUGCUAUACUUGAGAUUAACUUCUAGUCCGCGUUUUGAGCAAGAAUAUAGAAAUAAUUUGGUUCGCACUAUGAAGCUUUUCUUUCCACCCGAACGAGCAAAACUUGUAGUUGUAUUGGACAACGAAAAGAAAGAAGACCAUUUGUUUGGAGACAAAAUGAAAACGGAAUGGCCAUAUCCACAAAUAUGCUACAGAGAUCCAAGUUCCAUCGAUGCAUACCGCGGAUGGGGCAAGGCCAGAAUGUUUUGGGACAUGAUGUAUCCCGAUAAAUGUACCAAUGUAUCUUAUGUGGGGUAUGUCGAUACCGAUACAUUUUUUAGCACCUUAGUAACACCACAGUUGUUAUUUGACAAUGGAAAACCAAUUAUUAUUGCAAAAAUUGGUCAAGUUCCGUACCAAUGUUGGGCUGAAACAACAAAGUUGUUUCUCGGCAAAAAAGAAGUUAUGCAGUGCAUGUCAACUUUCCCUGUUAUGAUAAAAACGGAGCAUAUGAUAAAAAUGAGAGAGUUCAUUGCAAGAAAUCACAGCAUGGAUUUUGAUUCAGUGUUUAAAAACACUCCAGGCACAAUGGCUUGUCUUUGUCAGUUUAGUAUCAUGUGCAAUUAUGUUUGGUACUAUCACAGAAAUGAGUACUCGUGGCGCUUGCAGAUGGUCCCAAAUGGUGACUGGAGAGGAGAACAUUUGCUUGCUAGUCAAGUGUCACUAGAUUAUUAUCGGACUAACGUACCCCCAGAGAUGACGAUACCGAUGCCGCGCUCAUCAAUUCACCUGAGGUACACAAUAACAAAUGGUCAGUCCUAUGACUCAAAAGUCCCCCCAAAGGAAUAUAUCGAAGAUUUUAUCAAAGAAGGACUUUGUUACUCAGCUGGAUUUGAUGUCUGUCCGGAAAGUUGCAAAAAAUGGAACCAGAUUUCCGAUUUGCUCCUUUAA